GUGUGUUUACUUGUAAGAGAAACUUCUUCUUGCUAUAUACAACUUUAUUCACGUCCACAGGUCAACCAGAGGUCAAGAAAAUGGCUGAGGAAUCAUAUGAAAACGCCACUAAUGGAGGAGCAAAGAAAGAGUUUAACCCGGAUGAGAGGAUCCGCUCCGGAUUCGCUUACUUCAAGACUGAGAAAUAUGACAAAGAUCCCGAGUUGUACGAUGAGCUCGCAAAAGAUCAAAGCCCAAAGUUUUUGGUAUUCGCCUGCUCCGACUCCAGAGUGUGCCCAUCCCACAUACUUAAUUUCCAACCAGGGGAGGCUUUUUUGGUUCGUAAUAUAGCCAACAUGGUCCCUCCUUAUGACCAGAUUAAAUAUUCUGGAGCUGGGGCAUCUAUUGAAUAUGCAAUUGUCCACUUAAAGGUGGAGAAUAUUUUGGUGAUGGGACACAGCUGCUGUGGAGGUAUAAAAGGACUCAUGUCUAUCCCUGAUGAUGGGUCCAUAGACAGUGAUUUCAUCGAAGAAUGGGUCAAAAUUUGUUCGAUAUCAAAGGCAAAGGUAAAGAGUGAACAUGGCGACAAGGAUUUCGUUGAACAAUGUACAAUAUUGGAGAAGGAGGCAGUAAAUGAAUCACUAGCCAACUUACUGACAUAUCCAUUUGUGAGGGAAGCUGUGAUGAACAAAAGCCUUGCUCUGAAAGGUGGACACUACGAUUUUGUGAAUGGUUCUUUUGAGCUCUGGGAUAUUGAUGAGUUCAACAUUAGCCAUUCCGGUUCACUCUAAUUCUUGCAAAACGGACACUUUUCAUGGAACCUACUGUCCACUACUGUUUCAAGUUUCUCUUCCGUUUGUAUUUCGAUGUAAUUGUAUUAUGGAACCACGUUUGUCCCCGACCCUCCCAGACCCCACUAGUGGGAAUGCACUAGAUAUGUUAUUGUUGUUUUGUUUAUUGUUGUUGUUGUUAUU